AUGGAGUUCUCAGCGGAUUCAGAGAAGCAACGUCUGAUUGAAACUCAUUUGGAGCAUCUUAUAUGGACGAGUCCUCCAGAAGAACAGUACUCAGACUCAGAGUUCAGUGAAGAAACGUCCAGCGUGGACGGCUUGUGGCAGCCCGAGUGGUUCUGCCAGGAGACGACUGCCAUGUCUGAAAAUCACACCAGAAGUUUGGCCAGAAAGAAACUCUACGUCGCCUGCGCUGUCAGCCUCGUGUUCAUGACCGGGGAGGUGAUUGGUGGAUACGCUGCCCACAGUCUGGCCAUCAUGACGGACGCAGCUCAUCUUCUGACGGACUUCGGCAGCAUCAUGAUCAGCAUCUUCUCUCUGCGGAUCUCAUCCAGGCCCCAGACACAGAUGAUGACCUUUGGAUGGCAUCGAGCAGGUGGGAUCGAGCUACAAAACAAGUGGUUUGACAGUUGCGUCAGUCUGAACUUUCUGGUUUUGCUUCUAAUCUCGUCUCUCAUCUUUCUCCAGCCUGAAUAUAAAGUUGCAGAUCCGAUUUGCACGUUCCUGUUCUCCGUUCUCGUUCUUGCGACGACAUUUCCGGUCACAAGGGACGUUUUCCGGAUACUGAUGGAAGGAGUUCCUCAGGACGUGAGCUUCAGCGCUGUGGAGGAGCUGCUGCUGUCAGUGAGAGGAGUCGUGUCUGUUCACAGUUUACACAUGUGGAGCCUCAACAUGACUCAGUCUCUGCUUUCAGUCCACGUGACCGCAGAGCAAGACGCUGAUUCAGAGAUCGUCCUCAGGAAGACGACGAAGCUGCUGUGCUCAGAGUUCGGUUUCUCCAGCGUCACCAUUCAAGUGGAGCGUUGCAGGAAUUCUGCCCACAGUUCUGAAGCUGUAAGAUGAGUCUGGCCGCAGACUAAUGGCUGGAAAAAAAUAAGGCAGGGACUUCCUCAAGAGGGGGCUGCACCCAUGAAGCAGCCUCCGACUCGCUGUUGACUGACCGGUGAACAGCACAACGGGAUGAUUGUGAAGCUGUUUCCAAAGCUGGUUUUAAAGCAGAGCUGCAGAUAAACACCAGCUACACGCUGCAGGUGAUGCUCAGAAAGUAGUCGGACCCCUUCUUUUUUUACACAUUUUUUUGAUUUUAAAUGAGAAAAUUUGAAUUCUCCCCCUCAGCCUGCUUCUCAAUACACCAUCAGGACAAAGUGAAAGUGUUUAAAAUCUCAGUCAAUUCAUUUCAAUGUGUUUUCGCUUUUGUAUUACAAGUUGAUCGAUGGACUGGAAAAUGAAAUCAACAACACAGUAAAGUGUGAAGAAAGUGAAGGAGUCUGACUACUUUCUGAAGUGUCUGGUUCAUGUUUUGUUUGCAGGAGAGCAGCUUUAGCAGCGAGCACAUUUAACAUGUAUUAAGCAGACUGGAUAUUUAUUGUAGAUAUACGCAAUUCAGUUCUUCCAAGUUUAAGCAAAACAAAUAAACAAAAAAACAUUUCAGAUAUCUACGAUGAAAUUUUUCCAUCCACAACAUUCUUCAUUCAGGAUAUCCACAUAGUCACAGUUGUUUUGGGUUUCUCUUUACAGAACUCUACAAAUCAGCAGCACAUCUGUAGCAUGAACUACAGAUAUCUGCAGCUGAAUUGUGACCAACUGUAACUCCAGUUUCAGAUAUCUACGGUUUAAUUCUGACUUGUCAUAAUUCUAGUUCAAGAGAUCUUUAAUUCCCCUCAAUCCAAGAUAGCUACAUUGUCCUUUUAGGAUAAUUUAUAAAAGGUUUAAACUGUCAGGAUAUAGAUAUCUUGAACUGGAAUUCUGCCUCGUCAAAAUGUAAUCACAGAUAUCUUGAAUUAGACUUUUAACUCAGCGAAAUUCCAGAUAUCUGUGAUUACAUCAGGAUCUGUUCAAAGUCAGAGGUUUGCUUUCUAAACAUACUAUUGCUCUGCAACUGUAUCCGCACAUGACAAACUGUUUUCUAGUAAAUUUCCACCACAGGUAUCCAGUGAAGGGAGCGCUCGUUCUCCACUGUUUCUUUGCUGAUGAGCUCUUCCUACUUUAUGAUAUUUUAAACCAUCCUAUCCAACACAGCAUUGUGCACUUUGGAGAACAAAUAAAGCUUUGUAAAGGCCCUGCUGCAGAAGAAUCUGCACUACAGAAGGUUUAGAAGCACGGAAAUGUUUGAAUUCCUGCAUAGAGAAAGAUUUAACGUCAGUUUGAGGAGAGGAUAUCUGUAAAGCUGAACAGAAAACCCACGCUGACGUGAAGCCACACUUCCUUACUGCACCUUCAAAGACCGUCUGGCUUCUGUGUUCUACUGGACUUUUAAAUGUUUUCCAUAAAUCUGAGGCACGACAUCUAUUCCAGAUUUAUUUGUUGUGUUGUGAAAUGUGUGUAUAUGAGGACUUUGAUCUCUUUCAGACCAGCUAUGAUGACGGUGUAGAUACCUGCAGCUGUUAUUUCAACCAAUCAAAACUCAAAUACACGUUUCAGUCUUUGUGACAUGUCAGACUGACAUUAUAAUACCUGGAAUAAAAACAUCUAAGUCCUAAUUACUACAACUAGUCAACAUGUUGUCAUUAUCUCUCAUUUUAAUUCUAGGAAAUCAAACUGUUUACUCAUGCUGGUACAGUGAUCAUGUUGAAGCUUCGUUCAGUAAUCUGUUAAUCAGCAAAGCUGGCUGCAUCUUUUUGUGCCAUUAAUUUUUAUCUACAAAUUCAUAUUUAUGUGACUUUUCCUUUGUUUGACUUUCAUGACAUCUUGCACCUGCAUUUGACUCAUCUUCAAAUAUUUCAACCUUGAGUCAGCUCAGAUCUGUUUUUGUAGCUUCAAAACAAAAGUCUGCAUGUUUUUAAAAAUUCUUUUUCCUAGAAUUGAUUUUGUUUUUGCAGCAUCAGUGUCAAUUUAUUUCAAUUGACAAUCCUGGUCAGGCGGAGAGCAAAUCCUCACACCGUACAGGCACAUAUGAGGUUGUACAAGACAUUCAUUCAAACACGUAACAUACAAAUGUUCAUCAGACAGUAUUGCUGGAAGGUAAAACUACAGUUAGUCUGGACGGAGGUCCUGGUUUUAAAGGAGCGACCGAAUAGGAAGCACACAGAUAUGACUUUGUUCUUUUUUUCCCCUUUCUUUUUUGGCAGAACUUCAUAAAAAAAAAAAAA